AUGGCUUCAAUCAAGCCUAUGACUGAGAACAUUGAGCAUUCCAUCGCCACAAAGGGGAUGGAAGCUCACAUUGAGAAAGUUAACAUCCCUAUCAUGCGUACCAAGGAAGAUGACCUUGGUGUAUGGCAGAGUGUAAAGAGAUACAAACGGGUGUCCGCCUUGGCAAUGAUUGCAGCGUUCAGCGCCUCGCUGGAUGGCUACCAAAUCAAUCUUAAUGGUGGCAUCGUCGCCAACAAGGGCUUCAUCCGUCAAAUGACCUCUUCUGAGACAAAGAUCAUCAACAGCAAAUAUGUCUCCGCGUGGGGGGAAUCCAGGCUGCUGGUCAAACAAUCGGUCAAAUUGUGUCUUCUUCAAUACGCCACCGAAAAGUUUGGUCGAAAAGUGGCCUUUUACAUCCUAACCGUCUUCCUUACGGCGAGUAUCUUCGCAGAGUCAUUCGCUACUGGUUGGGGUACCUGGCUUGGGGCAAAACUCCUCUCCGGCUUAGGAGUUGGCAUGUUACAGGCCACUCUGCCUUUCUAUAUCUCAGAGAUCGCACCCACCCAAUUGAAGGGCUUCCUUAUUAAUGCGUAUACUUUCUGGUUUGUUUUAGGACAGCUGUUUGCUUCAGUAGCACUCAACAGACUCAAUGCUCAUGAUCCAUAUGACUUCCGAACCGCUAUAUAUACUCAGUGGGCGAUGAUCGGGAUUUCCAUCGUCAUUAUCGUCUUCAUUAUUCCAGAAUCUCCGUGGUGGCUAGUCAGCAAGGAUAAACAAAAUCAGGCGACCAAGAUCCUUCAGCAGUUCUAUGGCCGUGUAGAAGGAUAUGAUGUUCAGGAGAAAAUAAACGCCAUGGUGGCCACUGUCGCUGCGGAGCGCCGUGCUGCGAAAGAAAACGCACAAGAAGGAUGGUUGUCUAUUUUCCGCGGUAGGAACGGUGUCCGAUUCAUUAUUGCAGCAUGGCCAAAGAUCACGCAACAGUUCGUUGGACUAUCUGUGUUCAAUACUUAUGCUACCUACUUCUUCCAAUAUGCUGGCAACAAGAAUCCAUUCCUCGUGACCCUGAUCCUCUCUUGCGUACAAAUUAUCUCAAUGAUCUUCACCUCGACGCUCACGGACCGCUUUGGCCGUCGCCCCCUUACCGUGUGGCCGUACGCUGUCACAGUUUUAUCUGUUCUAUGCCUCGGCAUAAUCGGGUGCUUUGAUUACACCCAGAAAGCUACCAGCUCCCUUUUGAUCUUCUUUGCAUGUUUGGCAACCUUUACAACGACGGGUGCCUCCGCUAUUGGAUAUGCCUACGCAGCUGAAGUUCCAAGACAGGCCCUGAGAGCGCAAACAGCUGGGUGGUCUCUGGCUUCUUCUAACUUUCUCUCAAUCAUGUUCAGCUUCUGCACACCCUUGAUGAUUAAUGGGAAUGCACAUUGGGGCGUCAAGACCGGCUUCUUCUUCGCAGCUACCGGUUCUAUCGCCGUGGUUAUUGGCUGGUUCAUUUUGCCCGAAGUAACGCUCCGAACGCCAGCCGAAAUCGAUGAAUUGUUUGAAAAGAAGGUGAACUUCCGUAAGUUCAAGGGACAUGUCACCGAUGUUGAGGUUAUUGCGAGGGCGCAUUCUGGAGUAGUCCCACAGUCUGGUUUUGUGUAA